AUGAGUGCUUUGCUCUCGAAAGUAGAUGUUAGCAUAUCGGAGCUUUUUGGGCGCUCUGAAAGGUCUUUGGACCUCUAUUUGGGAGACCCAGUCCAACCCGGCGAUGGAGAGGCGGACAUUCCCCAUGGGAUCAACAUGAUUGACAGCGCAUAUUCCAGUACUAUAAACCUGCCUGACUCCGAACUUUUUUGCUUCAGCGUGUCUUUAGGGUUUGACUGCAUUACAAUGUACCGAUUGACUGGUCACCAUGACGUUAAUGUGGUUCAAUUGCACAUGAAUCAACAACUGAUGAACAUGCACCAUACAAUGACACUGCAUGCUACGGGCAGAGAUGUAGUGAUUCGGUUGGUGCUAAAGGACGGGAAAUACGCUGUUGCUAACCUGCCAUUGCAACUGUUUGAUGAUUUGGAUGCAACAAAGAUAAAUGGCAUCGAAUGGUUCAAAGUCUACUCCCCCUAUGAUUUUAGUGUGAGAGUCCCACAUCUACUGUACACUGUGUCUCCUGAGUUUUCUGUGGUGUUCUUGGAGGACGGUGGGCUGUUAGGCCUGAAGAAUGUUGGCGAAGACUUGUUGGAGCCCGCUUUAUUCAACGAUAGCUCCUACUUCCAGAGCAUGUUCAGUAUAUUCAGGAAACUGAAGAGCAAUGGGUCACACAAUGGGCCAGGUAAAGUUGUCAGCUGCUCAGUUUUCCAAGAACGAUACUUGAUUCUGCUGACAGAAUUCUGCUUUUUAAGAAUAUGGGAUUUAACUACUUUUAACCUAAUCCAGAACUAUGACCUUUCCAAUGGUGCAAGUGACAGAAGAGCGUUCGAUGUCUCUGGGAACUACCUGUCUCUUUUCCACAACAUACUCGUUAUAUUUUCCCCUAAUGACAGUGGCACGUUCCAUAUUGGUACGCUUUCCGUGGAUAAUGCAGCAGUCUUGCAAUUUCAACUGAAGAAUAGGAUACAGACAAACAUUACAUCGUCUGCCAUUUGGUUUCUCUCCGAUAUGAAACUUGGUAGGCCAAUUGAUUUAAAUUAUGAGAAAAGCUACGUCAACCUGUCCGUUCUUUGGAAAAGUGGCAACGCGAGCAAGCUACAGAUUUUGAAUAUCCAAGAUGAUGAUUUAGUGCAUUUUGAGUGGAUAGAGUCGUCAAGCAGAUCCAUUAGCGAACCCAAUUCAGAGCUUGACCUGAUCACGCACGUGGAGGAUGCAGAACUUGAAUACGACACAUUGUUACUACAAUUAAAGGCGCACUACCCUAGCGAUAUUUUGGAAAAGGCACAAAAUAUACUGAGUGCGAAUAACAUUGUCGUGAACAUAAACACCACCACAAGGGAACAAAAUUUGGAAUACUUGUCCAACUUGCAAACGAUACUGAAAGAUUUGAAAGCCCAGUGCAGUGAAGUGUCAACCAUUUCGGUUUAUAAAGACGAGAUCAUUUUUGUAAACUGUUUGAAACGGUAUUCGCAUUCCGCUUAUAAGGCAAACCCUGACAUCGACAACUUUUUCUUGAACAUCAACGCUGAAUCUAAGGAUAACGAUGAGGUUUCCACAUUUUUGAAGCCUAUUGACAAAUUUGUUUCCACUUUACCAAGAGAAAUCCUACCGACUCUAUCGGAACAAUUUAUCAACAUCAUAUCUCAUGAAAAAAUUAGUGAUCUGACACCGCAAGAGAAGUUUACACACAUCUUCAAAUCCACACUACAAUCUGAAAUAAACCUGGCAGCGUUGCAAGAACUGUACCAAACAUUGAACUCGCUAGACACUAUUAGUGCGUUGAAUAACCUCAUCGAAAACCAUCUGGAUAUUAUAGAAAAAUUCGACAACAAGGGACAGAAUUUCAUUUCGUCCAUAAGGCAGUCUCCCGUCAUCAAUAUACUGGCCAUAAAGGGACUACAUCAGCACGUCAGUAUACAACAUCAUUUUGUUCUUGAAGUUCUGCUAACUUUUGUUUUUUUGGAGACUAAUUAUUCCUUGGUCGAAGCUCAAUUGAGCAAACUUCUCGAAAUUCAUUUCAAGCAGGCGCUAUUUUUGAGAAUGGUCCAGCGGAAUAAACUGUUACUGAUAGAAGAGAUCUUUCUGAGAACAACGAAGCAUGGGAACGGUGUCGAUAUUUACUCAUAUGCUGAUUGGAAUAGGUUUAUUCAGCACGCCACACAACAGAUCUACAACACAUCCUUAGAUUCAAAUCAGUACCUCUGGAGGUUUUUGGACAAGUACAUCAUCAACCGAUCUCCCGAUGUAUCAAGACGGGACAGCCUCGUUUUUGAGAACAGUAUCUCUUCCAAGUUCUAUAUUCGUGGGAACCAAGUCCAUGAAUUGAUAGAGGCUUUGUGUCAGUUUGUUUGUGGAAAAUAUGACGAAUCUUAUGAAUUGUUCCAAAAGCAUGACAACUAUGUCAACUUAACUACUGAGUCCCUGCCUCGGUUUCUUUUACAGAGCAAAGAGGGUGCAAAUUUAUGGACGCCACUGCUACAGUCCCUGGACAUUCAGACAUUUAAGAGAGCGCGCUUCAAUUACUACUUGUCCUGUUUGUUUAACCAGUGUGGGAACCGCCCUGACCUGGCUCUCAGAGCCAUCAAAACGUCCAUCGAGUUUUCUUUGCUGGACGACACUGACAGUGAGCAACUGGACAUUGCUACAGAGCAACACCAGCAACUUUUGAAUUUGCUAAUACAUUUUGGUCUAUUUGAAGAGGUCGUUGAUGUAUUGAGGCUGAGCCACGAUGCUUUACCCUUGGCUGAGAAGACCAAAUACUUCGAGCUGCUGUUGCGUUCUCCUGACUGGAACGGUACCUUCUUUAGCAAAGUUUUACAGUUUUGCGAGAGUCACAAGGAUGAACCGCUGUCGUACAGGGACCGCGAGAUUAUAGAUUCGAUAUUGCAAGACAAUCUCGCCAGUGGCGAUUGGCAAGAUUACAAGAGACUGUACAGUUUCCGCUUGUUGAGCGGGUCUGUGAGGGAGGCCGCUGAGACGAUCUAUCAGUACUAUAAGAGAUAUCAAAGUACCCCGGGUGCUGCUGUCGUUAAGCGUAAGUGCUAUCUGAUUGUCAUGAAUAUACUGGCGACUUUUGACACGAAAUACGACCAAUGGUUGCUCGACGGUAAUGACGUGGUGACGCUGGAGGACUUAAAAAGUGACACGCUGAUUGUGUAA